AUGGUUCCAAUUAGGCAGCAAACCUUGAGGCAAAGAUUUGAUCUAUUGCAGAUGAAGGAAGAGGAGACAGUCCAACAUUAUAUUACAAGAGUGUUAGCUGUGGUGAAUCAGAUAAGAGGCAUGGGAAGUGAAUUAAAAGAUACUAAUGUGGUCUUAAAGGUAAUGAGAAGUUUAUUAUCAAGAUUUGUGCAUGCAGUGACUUCAAUUGAAGAGGCUAGGUACAUGUCUAAAGUAACACUUGAUGAAUUGAGUGGCUCUCCUCAAGCACAUGAGGCCAAGUUUAAUCAAUUUAUUGAAAGGCCUGAAAGACAUGAAGCCUUUGUGAUGCAGGAAGAUGCAAGAAGUGGUAGGACUAAUUGGAGAGGAAGAUGUAGUGGAAGAGCUAGUGAUAAUUCAAGAGGAGGUGAUCAAAGACCAAGUAUGCAAAGGCAACAGAAUUUCAAUGAAUAUAGUAGAGGUGGCUCAGGGGCAUUUGGCAGAUUUAGUAGAGGUCAGAGGCAGCCUAGGCAGAGCUUUAACAAAAAAAAUUUGCAAAAUGUUCAGUGUUUCAGAUGCAAGAAGUAUGGGUACUAUCAAUCACACUAUUGGUCCACACAAGAUAAAAAUGCAAGUGAAGCAGGAAGUUCUUCUAAUGUACCAAAUCCUGGUGAUUAUGGGCAUUUGUUUAUGGUUCAUAAUGGGCAAGGACUAGAGAGUCCUUCUAUCUGGCUAUUAGAUAGUGGGACAUCUAGCCAUAUGACUGGAAGAAGGGAGCUAUUUCAUAAUUUAGAUGAAACACUGCAGCAUAAAGUCAGACUUGGUGAUGAUAAAGAAAUUAAUGUGUGUGGCAGAGGUUCUGCUGAAAUCAGAAUGUUUGAUAGCAAAUUGAGAUUGAAUAAUGGUGUUCAGUAUGUUCCUUCACUGGCUCAUAAUUUAUUAAGUGUAGGACAGCUCAAUAAAGGAGGCUAUGAUGUCAAUUUCAGUAAAAACUAUGGGUGUAUAAUUAGAGAUGGAAGCACUAGGAGAAAUUUGUUUAGAAUUUAG